AUGGAUAUAUACGAUAAACCCUACUACAAAAUAACUAAAAUUUCUGCUUCUCUGAUAGGUCGAUGGCCAUAUCAGUCUUCACGACAGAGCUUAGUGAUAGUCACUGUUAUAUGGAGUGCAUUUAUACUGCAAGCUAUUCCACAAAUCAUCGCAAUUGUUACACAUUUUGAUGAUCGAGAGGUACUUCUCGAGGCUUUGGCACCAUUUAUAAUAGAUAUUGUUUGCGUAGCUAAAUAUAUAAAUUCAAUCUACAAUGCAGAAUUGAUGAUAAUAUUAUUUGAGAGAAUUAAAAAAGAUUGGAGAUUAAUUCCAAGAAAUAGAGAAAAAAAAAUUUUGGAAUCUCAUGUCGAUCUUGGACGACUUAUGUCAGUUGGAUAUGCAGGAUUUGCAUUCAUAACAACGGUUAUAUUUGUAACGGAGCCGAUUUUACCGAGGAUCAUUAAUAAAUUAACAAAAUCAAAUGAAUCUGUUCCACUGAAAUUUGCUCUUCCAUUGGAAUACAUAAUAUUCGAAAAAGAAAAUCAUUAUUGGUUGAUGUUAAUUAUUACUAAUAUAUUUGCAAUUAACAUGAUAGUUGUUAUUAUAUCCUGUGAUAUUAUGUUUAUCACAUUUGUUCAACAUGUUUGCGGGCUGUUUGCAGUUGUAGGAUUUCGAAUAGAAAAUUCACCCACGGGUAAAAUUACGGGCAAGAAUAAAAAAGAAGUAAGUUCACGCAAAAAUUCACAAGAUGUUGCUUAUAGACAUUUGGUUUCAUGCAUCCGAAGUCACAGGAGAGCUCUAGAAUUUGCUGAACUCGUUGAAACAACAUUUUCUACAAGUUUUGGAGUCGUCGUUGCAUUAAAUUUACCAAUUAUGAGUAUUACGGGAUUGCAGCUAAUUACACAAUCGAAUACAGUGGAACAAACAUUAAAGUACCUUAUGUUUGCUCUUGCCCAAAUGUUACAUCUUUUCUUCGAUUGUUUUCUAUCACAGAACUUAACGGAUAUGAGUUCACAGAUUCCGCAGUGCAUUGCUAAUAUGAAAUGGUACUAUAAUUCUAAAGAAUCACAAAAAUUGAUACUUUUAAUGAUAAUGAGAAGCCAAGUGCCUUGUAAGCUGACUGCUGGUAAAAUCAUGGAGUUGUCCAUUGAAAAUUUUGGAGUGAUGGUGAAAACAUCGGGAUCAUAUUUUACGAUGCUUCUGUCGAUGCAAUAAAAUUUAUAUUCACUUUUUAUUUGUCAAUCGGACAAAUCAAAUGAAAAACUCUUUUUAAACUAAAUUCAAAAUACAUGCCAAGAAUUUUUUGGUAGUAUUUGCUAUCGGGUAUUUUCAAUGUACUUACUAUACAAUAUAGUCAUUUUUCAAUUUCUAACUACAAUACCAUUGAAAACAAUUGCAUUCUAAUAACAAUUAUCAUUUCUGAAUAAUAAUCGGAGUAAUAAUAAUAAUCCUUCGCACCAACAUAAAUAAUCACUCAUAUAAGGAAUAGUUAUAAUUAUAGCCUUAGCUCACAAUAUUUAUCGCACCAACAUGUGAUAAGCAGCAUCAGGUAUUUAAGAAAUCACUUGACAACUUUACAGUUAUUUACUUUCGCAUAAUUUUAUUUGUCUUCAAUGAACUUAUUAAAAUUGAGUAAAAUGAAGUAUCCAAUUUCGAACUGUUAGUUGAAAUAAGGCAGCCAUCAAUGAGUAUUUGUGUGCUUAAACUGACAAUCGGGGUAUUUUUGUUAUCGAUUAGUGAUUUAUAAACUUUUUCCGUAUGAAAUGUUAACACUAAAUUAUAUGAUUGAGUACAAGUAAUUAUAAAAAAUCAUUUAAUUUUUCAACAAAAGUAAUUGCUCUUGUUCUACCCGUCUUUAUUGAAACAAAUAACUUUACAUUAUAAUUAUCAGACAAAUUAUUAUAGCAACUGAUAAUUAAUCCCGUAAUCCAAAAAAUGACACUAUUGUAGCAACACCAUAUACACAACAGUUGAUGAUGUGUAAGCAGUUUGUAAAAAUAGCAACACGAUGUGAACUCAGUGCGCGGUAGCAAGUUACUGAUGAGCUCGCAGUCUCGGAUUAACCCUCCCUCGAUCAAUUCGUUGUUCCCAGAAGCCUCUAGUACUUCUGGUAUUUCGAUUGGUCUAUAAGUGGGAGGAGUCUAAGCUAGACAGAGACAUUGAAAAUGAACAAAUUGAUCAGAUUUGAAAUAAACUUGAGUGGUUUAAAAAAACUAAGUUCAAUUUUUCAGAUAAUUGGGUAAAUUAAUGAUCGUAAAAGGCUUAGAGUAAUAAAUGUUAAUUAAUAAUUCUUAUGUAAUUAAUUCAAUGUUCCUGACUACACAUUCCAAUAAUUAUAUUACACAGAGGUAAUGCAACUUGGUACAAUACCUCAAUGAAGUCACAAAAAUUGCUAAUUUUGAUGUUGAUGAGAAGUCAAGUGCCCUGCAAGUUGACCGCUGAUAAACAAACGGAUUUAUCUAUUGAAAAUUUUGCAGUCGUGGUAAAAACAUCUGCAUCGUACAUCACGAUGCUUUUGACGAUGCAAGAACAAAUUUUCCUAUACAAAAUAAACUUGUCAGUUUUUUUUUUUAACAAAAUGAUGAAUAAACAUGUACAA